GCCAGUAUUGUUGCCAACCCUCGUCGGAUCUAUGACACUAAGCGUCAAAAAAAGAAAAAUUGCGCUAGAACAAUAAAAAGAAAGAGACGAGGAAAAUUUGCAAAUUGUUGGUCAAUUAAGCAUUUAAAGCGAAAGACAGAUAAAAGAGAGGCAACAACAACAAUAUCAAGAUGUCUGGCAUUGCUAUAACACGUUUGGGUGAAGAACGCAAAGCCUGGCGAAAGGAUCAUCCAUUUGGAUUUGUGGCACGCCCGGCAAAAAAUCCAGAUGGCACACUAAAUCUUAUGAUUUGGGAAUGCGCUAUUCCCGGUAAGAAAUCGACUCCCUGGGAGGGUGGUCUCUAUAAGCUGCGCAUGAUCUUCAAGGACGAUUAUCCCACAUCGCCACCAAAAUGUAAAUUCGAGCCUCCAUUAUUCCAUCCCAAUGUGUAUCCAUCGGGCACUGUGUGCCUAUCGCUGCUCGACGAGGAAAAGGAUUGGCGCCCCGCCAUUACCAUCAAACAGAUCUUGCUGGGCAUCCAAGAUUUGCUGAAUGAACCGAAUAUCAAAGAUCCAGCUCAGGCUGAGGCCUAUACCAUCUAUUGUCAGAAUCGUUUGGAAUAUGAGAAACGCGUGCGGGCCCAGGCUAGAGCUAUGGCAGCCGCUGAAUAGGCUAACGGUAGGCGGUAGGAGGAUGCUUACAUUACAUACCCACUCUUCCCCCCCACACACACACACACAUGCACACACCAACAUAUUCCUUUCAACUCAAAAAACACACAUACAAACUUAUAUAUAAUAAAUAUAGUGAUGAUCAACUGUAGCAGCAGAGCAUUUUCGGGAGUGCUUUGCACAAAUUUACUAACAUUUUUUAAAUUUCUUACCCCUACCUAUUAUCCGAGAAUAAAAAUCAAAUUUGGACAAACAACCAAAAAAAAUCCAAUAAACAGUGCUAACUAAAUUAUAAAAAACGAAAACAAAAAUGCAUUAAACAUUACAUAAGAUAAACCGCGAAAAUUACUAAUUGUAUAUUUAAUUUGUAGAUUUGGUCAUAAUUUUCUAGAUUUUUCAAUAAAUUUGUAUGUAUAAAAUUUCAAAUGUCAGAGAAAAUUUUGACAAUUGCAGUAAAUGAUGAAAUAAAGUAUCUAAGGGGUA